GGCGGGUCCAUGGCGUCCCCGGGCGGCGGCUCCCCGGGCCUCCUGCUCUGGCUGCUGCUCCUCCAGCCCUGGCUCGGUGGGGCGCAGAGCGGGUCCGCGUCGCCCCCACCCUCCUCGGCGCCCACCUCCCCGUCGUCCUCGGGGGGCGGCCACGAGGUCCCCGGCGCGAGCGUGUGGAGGGCUGAGGGACAGUCUGCGACCCCGGGGCCCCAAGAGGCUGCCGCAUCCUCCCAAGUGGUGGCGGUCACCCCAGGUGCCUCUGGCUCGUACAGGGCUGUGGCCACCGCGAAGCCACUGUUUCCUGCAGGAUGCGGCCGGAGGUCCAUGAGGAUAGUGGGCGGAUUCCCCGCGGCAGAGGGGAAGUGGCCUUGGCAGGUGAGCCUGCAGAUCAAUGACAGACACAUGUGUGGAGGCUCCCUCAUUGCCAGUCGGUGGGUGCUGACCGCCGCCCACUGCAUAUUUGGCCAUGUGGAGUACACGGCAAAGCUGGGAGACAUCUUCAUGGAGGAGCAUACCUCCAGAAUGGCCAUCGAGAUCCCCGUCCAAGACAUCGUUAUUCAUCAAGAUUACAAUCCUAUCGGAUUAAUUGAGAAUGACAUUGCCCUUGCUCUGCUUGAGUUCCCUGUGAAUUUUUCCUCCCACGUGCAGCCUGUGUGCCUCCCCAAAAAGGCGUUCAUGGUACAAGGUGGUACUGAGUGCUGGGUGACUGGAUGGGGGAAGCUCAACGAAGCAGGUCAAGCCGGAGGAGUUGUGAAACGGCUACGGGAGGCUGAGCUAAACAUUAUCCGUUAUGAGAAAUGUAACAUGAUGCUCCAAACAGAGAUGGAAACUAGCAGCGACCUAGUCAAGGAAGGGAUGGUCUGUGGUUACAGUACCCAAGGAAAGGAUGCCUGCCAGGGAGACUCUGGGGGGCCCCUGGUCUGUGAACUUAAUAAGACAUGGGUCCAGGUGGGGAUUGUGAGCUGGGGCAUCGGCUGCGGUCGCAAAAAUUUUCCUGGAAUAUAUACAGAAGUUAGUUUCUACAAGGACUGGGUCAUUGAUCGCUUGAGUCAGGCUUGCUCUUGGGACUCAGCAGGCUUCCUCCCACUUCUGUGCCUGGUGCUGCCCCUGGGCAUCCUGGUGGCCCCGUGA